GGGCGGUGCUAAGGAGUGACAGAGUUCAGUGUGCCUGUUCUUCUGCUGCAUGCUAGGUGUCUUCUCGGAGCUGCAGGCGUUGUUAUUUCGGACAAUAAAACGAUUCCAACAAAAAUAACUUUCAAUGGCAGCCAUCGGGAGACUGUCCACCAAGGAUGCAGUUCUCUUCCUGUGUGACAUGCAGGAGAAGUUCCGGCCCAACAUUUUCCAGUUCACCAACAUUGUCAGCAAUGCAUCAAGACUCCUCCAGGCCAGCCGUAUCCUAGGUAUCCCCCCCAUUUUAACAGAGCAGUACCCUAAGGGCCUGGGCCCCACGGUGCCGGAGCUGGGAGCAGAGGGUCUGAAGGCUCACGCUAAAACCUCCUUCACCAUGAUGAGUGAAGACGUGGAGAAGGAGCUCCAAGCCCUUGGAAACCCCAAACAGGCCAUUCUGUGUGGAAUUGAGGCGCAUGCUUGUAUCGCGUGUACUACAUUUGACCUGCUUGAAAAGGGAAUGGAGGUCCAUAUUGUGGCGGAUGCUGUUUCUUCUAGAAGCCAGACGGACCGUUUGUUUGCUCUGUCCCGGCUGAAGCAGAGCGGAGCCUUCCUCACCACCACAGAGGCCGUUCUGUUGCAGCUGGUCCAAGAUGCCAAACACCCGAACUUUAAGGAGAUCCAGAAGCUUCUGGCGCACCAAUCUCCUGACACGGGCCUCCUCGCCUUCUUCAGCGCCCUGUAGCCUCACACUCACUCUGCUUACCAAAUAAUGUACAAAAUGCCCUCUCAUACUACAAAAGCCAAUGCUUCAAUAAAGUUGAGCUGCUGCUUUCAAUCUGCCUGCUUCAGUCUCGUGCACGACUCAUGAAAGGCAUGUCCCGG